AUGUCUGUAGCCGCGACCGCCAAGCGCCCGGAGAUCAUCGAGAUCGCGCGCGGUCUCGACCAUGUCCCCAUGUGCGAGGAGUUUGAGAAGAUGAUUUCCGGCAUGAUGUACAACCCCCUGGUACCGAAGUUGCUGGAGGCCCGCCACCGCGCGCGCGGGGUAGCGAAAGACUACAACCACCUCGACGCCAAGACGGUCUCAUACGAGCAGAUCUACGACGUCCGCCACAACCUGCUGAAGAAGAUCGUGGGGAAGGUGGGAUCCGGCACGUUUGUCGAACCGCCUUUUCUGCCGGACUACGGAUGCAACAUCAGUAUCGGGGAGGACUGUUUUAUCAACUUCAAUUUCACCGCCCUGGACACCAGUCUGAUCCUCAUCGGCGACCGCGUGCAAUUCGGUCCCAACGUCAGCAUCUUCACGGCAGGUCAUGACGUCAGCGUUUUGUCGAGGCGGAAAUUCGUCGAGUUCGGUCACCCGGUGAAGAUUGAGGAUGAUUGCUGGAUCGGAGGGAAUGUGGUCAUUCUGCCGGGAGUGACGAUCGGCAAGGGCUCGACAAUUGCUGCAGGAUCGGUCGUGACGAAGGAUAUUCCGCCCUACUCGGUGGCCGUUGGGAGCCCGUGUCGCGUUAAGAGGACCAUUCCGACCGUCGAAGAGGAGGAGCAGGAUCCCAACAAUCCAUACCGCAACUUGGUUCGCGAGGAUCGGUAG